AUGCCUUCUCGCAUAGAUGCCGAAGAGCACGGCCAACAGAAUGACGACGGCAGCGGCUCUAUGCUUACAAAACUCCAUCAUCCUCAAUUUGACCCUGUCGAUUUUCUGAACGACUCACUACCCAGCUUAAACUUGUCUUCUCAGAUCCAGAACUUGAAAACAAGCAAGUCCACGCAAAUUCAGAGUGCCUCUUCCGACUCACUCGCACUUCUCACAUCGCUGAACACAAUCAGCAUCCGCGCCUCCUCAGAAUUGACAUCUCUGACGGACGAGAUCAUUCGCAGUGGAAAUCGUCUCGCCUAUGAGGUGGAGGUGCUUCGUGGUGAUGCGAACGGCUUCCACGAGCUGUUGACCGACUCGCUGCGGCAUGACAUUAGCCAAUUCGUCAACAACGAGGUCACUGGCAAUGUGCCACCUACUUUAAAUUCCGAGGCUGAUGAUGAAGGCACUUUGCAAAACGUGGAAUUGGAGAAUGAGCCUGAUUUCAUGACGCGACUACGGUUGCUAGGCAAGGUGAAAGCACGUCUUGAGUCUGUCAUUACCAUCUUUGGGGAAGCGAUGAAAUGGCCAAUACCUCCGUCUGAGUUGUCCAUGGCUUCAAACCUCAUCUCGGUUUCCUCGCCUGAGUUGGGAAUACAAAGCACAGCUGAAGAUGACAAGGCGCGUGAGGCAUUGAAAAGCAUUCGGGCAGAAAUCGAUGAUCUACUGGGCCAGGAGUCAGCCGGCUAUACCAACCUUGAGGCCGCAUCCCAAAGAGUCGAUGAAUACAGGAAGCUCGCAAUACUUUGGAAGGGCACGGGCGAGGAAAAGGCGAGAGUGAAAUUUGUUGAUUCCUUGGCUAAACUGGUGGAAGAUAGGCGGAAGACACUGGACGCACGAGAGAGGGCUCGAAAUUCUAAGGUGGCCAGUUCUGUACGAUCAAACUCAGCCACGGGCAGAAAUCCGAGAAGCUCAAAUGAAGGAAGUGGAGGUGCAGCUGGGCUGUUCCGGAAUCUGCAGCGCCUGAAAGAUGAUCUUUAUCUUGAAUGA